AGGAGGUGGCUGCAUGAACUAUUUUCUAAAGGAUAACUAUAAAUCUUUGAAUACGGCAUCUCACUACGACGAUCCUAUUGAUUCGGGGGCACGACCACUUCCAGCAACCACAAGGCAUGCUGUCUCUCAGGUGCCAACUGAAACAAGCUCCUCCUCACAAGGUUUUGUGUCACUUCUGGGCCGAGAUGGGGAAACUGCAAAGCAAACUCAAAUACAGCACUUACAAAUACAGACAGUUGUGGCCUAUAACUGGAAAACUGGAAAGGUGGUGAAAAGAUUCAGAGGACAUGAACGUGAAAUCACUAAGGUGGCCUGUAUCCACAAGUCGAGCCAGUUCUUCAGCGCCUCUCGGGACAGGACGGUCCUGAUGUGGGACUUACAUGCUUCCUCACAAGCCAGGCAGCAGUUCUCAGGCCAUGCCAUGGUGGUCACAGGGUUGGCCGUGAGUCCAGACUCCACCCAGCUGUGCACUGGCUCCCGGGACAACACCCUGCUGCUGUGGGACGUGGGAACUGGACGGUGUGUGGAGAGAGCCGAGGUGUCCAGAAACCUGGUCACUCACCUGUGCUGGGUCCCCAGAGAGCCAUAUACCCUCCAGACCUCUGAAGAUAAAACCAUCAGAUUAUGGGACAGCCGGGGGCUACAGGUAGCUCAUAUGUUUCCUGCAAAGCAGCACAUUCAGACCCACUGUGAGGCCAGUGAGGAUGGACACCGGUUUAUGUCCUGCAGCAGUGGCUUUGGAGGGGAAGGCUGUGAAGCCACGCUGUGGGACCUGCGGCAGAGCCGCAGCAGCGUCUGUGAAUACGUGGGGCAUCUCCAGACGGUUGCAUCCUGUGCCUUUCUACCAAGAUCUGUGGCUUUGAUGCCCGUAGUCGCUACCUCAUCCCAUGACUGCAAAGUGAAGAUCUGGGAUCAAGAUUCCGGAGCCUGCCUCUUCACUUUGUCUCUGGAUGGAUCCGGGCCC